CGCCUGACUGCAAGACCACUUAUUCAAGACCUGCAGUUGUCUCAGGGGUGCCCUACUGAACCAGCAAGCAAAGACAUCAGGAUGCAUUACAGCUUUGAUUUUGCUCAACAAGUGGACUAUCCUUCUGACCCUAUGCAGACAGGUCCCAUCUACUUUUUAACUCCUCGCAAGUGUGGCUUGUUUGGUGUCUGCUGUGAAGGAAUGCCACAACAAGUCAACUACUUGACUGAUGAAGGCAUGUCAUCCAGCAAAGGCAGCAGCGCAGUCAUCAACUACAUGCACCAGUUCUUCACCAACUACGGAGUUGGGGAAACACGUGUGGACCUGAAUUGUGAUAACUGCAGUGGCCAAAACAAGAACAAGUUUGUGCUCUGGUAUUGUGCCUGGCGGACCAUGCACAUGCUCUACCAUAGUCUGGACCUUCACUUCCUGAUCACAGGCCACACCAAAUUUGCCCCCGACUGGUGCUUCGGCCUCAUCAAGCAGCGCUUCAGAAAGACCAGAGUGAAUACUUUGUCUGAGAUGGCUGGUGUUGUGAAAAAAAGCACAGUGACAGGGGUCAACAUCCCACAGCUGGUUGGACUGGAGGAUGGUAUGGUGCUGGUGGAAAGCUAUGGCUGGCAACCACACCUGACUCCGUACUUCAGGCCGCUGCCACAGUUCAAGCGGUACCAGCACUUCAGCUUUGAUGCUCUGGAGCCUGCUGUUGUCGCCAAGGAGCGUUCAGUCAGGACCAGGUUUCAGCUGCUGCACAACGCUGACAUCCUUCCUCCCAUAGAUGGUCUGCCUGUACAAGCACCACCUGGACUGGACAAAUCUCGACAAACAUAUAUUUUUGAGAAGAUCAGGUAGUUUUGCGACAAAUAGGCUUUGGACAUCACAUGCCCUGCACCAAAGUCAAGGGCAGGACAGGAACAGGCUCUCCGAAUAUAGAUUCCCUUGUUCAUACGUGGUUCAGACAGACCAGUCAUCAGCACUAUCUGCAGUGCUUCUAUUCAAAUGACUAACACACAAGCCAUACUUUGCUGUUACUAUUAUGUUUAUUAUCCUGCUGCUCAGCCACUUUACCCCUGACUGUAUGCAUACAAUUACCUUGUCUAUCACUAUCGUUAUUGAUCUUGUUUGUGUAGAUACGGUAUAUUAUUUUAUUUAUAUCGACAUGAUCUAUUUCUGAUAUUGCUGCUAUGCAAGUAACCAUUUGUGUACUUUUUACACCUUCUGAGCGAACCGUCCACUUUGCAAGACUUAGCAAAAUAUUGAUAUAUAAAAUGAAUAUUGAUAUGUGUGGUCGUAA